UUUCAACACAACUAUUCUACGUUGCGUAGCUGUCGCCUGAUUACUCGAUAAUGGUAGACAUAAUGCAGCGUAGCUCGACCAGCAGAGAAUUGCUGGAUAGACUGGAAGAUCAUGCAGACUGGCUUAUACGAAAAAGUCGACGCUAUUUGCCUCAUAUAGCUAGAUUCUGUCUUGUAUCUACGUUUAUUGAAGAUGGUUUUCGACUUUUAACUCAAUGGUCUGACCAAGUGGACUAUAUUCAAGGUGUCUGGGGAACCCAUGUCAUAUUUGCAGCUUUUUUCAUUUUAUUGAACAUAUGCUUACAGUUUACUGGAAGUGCUCUUGUUUUGGGUCGUUAUCGUGUGAAAAUUGGCGUUGGAAUUCUUAUGUCAACUGUAUUAAUACAAACUAUUGGUUAUAAUAUUUGGACAAAAGUAUUUUUUAUGCGUAAUCUAUCACUUAUUGGUAGUUUAUUAUUAUUAUUAGCUGAAGUACAACAAGAAACACGUAGUUUAUUAGCUGGUCUACCAUCUUCUGGUGAAAAUGCACAUCGACAAUAUAUUCUACUUGGUGGUAGAAUACUUAUUAUCCUAAUGUUUGUAACAUUAAUACAUUUAGGAAGUAGUAUAUUUUAUGUUAUACAAGUAAGUAAUUAUUCUUGUGAAAUUAUUGUUAUUGUUUUAUUUUAAUUCUAUUUAACAAAAAGUUUAAUGAAGUCUUACUCACUGCCUUCUCAUGGGAUUACUGUUGUUUACGAAAUCGAAAGGACGAAAAGCGAAUGUCCG